AUGUGUGCUGGGACACAUCGUAGAAGUGAAACGGUGAUGAUGGUGAUGGUGAUGACUGUCCGCUGUCAGGAACAGGAAUCCAUCGUGAGGAAUGACUUCGAGGGUCCCAAUCCUGACGGCUCGUAUAAGUGGGCUCUGCAGACUGAGGGCGGGAUAUAUCACGAGCAACGUGGCUCGGUGCAGGGCGGUGGAGAGUCGGGUCUGCUGGUGGAAGGCCAGUACCAAUACACAGCUCCUGAUGGCCAGGUAAUAAAUGUGCUGUACAAAGCUGACGAGAACGGUUUCCAGGCUCAAGGAGAUCACCUCCCUACUCCACCGCCUAUACCGCCAGCGAUACAGCGAGCUCUCGACUACAUAGCUUCGUUAACGCCAUCUAUCGCCGGCACAUAUAAAUAACAUCAAAAUUAUAUCUAUACAUCUAUACAUAUAAAUAAAAUUGGAGUAUCUGUUUGUAAUAUUGA